AUGGCGCGCUACAAGGGCAGGACUGUUACCUUGAACACAGGUCAGAUCUUGCCUUCCAUUGGUCUUGAGACAUUCCAAGACCCUGAAGAGCAGGAAAUGUCUGUAUACACUGCUCUGAAGAACGGUUAUCGCCACAUCGACACAGCGCACAACUAUGGCACCGAAGAGCAAGUUGGACGAGGGAUUAGACGCAGCGGAGUGAGCCGCGACGAGAUCUUCAUAACAACCAAGCUCUGGUGCAACUCUCACCACCCGGAUGACGUGGAGCCCGCCUUAGACGAUUCUUUGAGGGACUUGGGCGUCGACUACGUUGAUCUAUACCUUAUGCACUACCCCUGUGCCUUCAAGCGUGGUCCUGACUUUAUGCCGAUUGGGCCUGAUGGGAAGAUGAUUCCUGACUCAACUGAUUUCGUGGACACAUGGAAAGCCAUGGAGAAAUUGCUUUUAACUGGCAAAGUCAAAGCCAUUGGUGUAUCCAACUUCAGUCAGCUAGAAUUGGAGCGAAUCUUGGAGGAGUGUAGCGUCCAAAAAAGGUUCGUCGACUGGCAGGAAAGCAAGGGAAUCAAGAUCAUGCAGUUCAGCCCCAGCGGCAAUCUCAACACUUUCUAUCGGGACGUUUCCUGGGCCAAGGAUAUGGCACAGAUGGCUCGUUUGAUUGAUCACCCGAUUCUUCAUGCAAUUGCAAAGAAACACAGGAAGUCGCCGAUUCAGAUUGCGUUGGCAUGGGGUGUAGUGAAUGGUCGCUGUGUCAUCCCGAAGAGCACAAUCGAGUGGCAGAUCAAGGAGAAUCUAGAGGCAGACUCUAAUCCCCUAGACGAAGAGGACUUGCAGCAGAUUGGAAAGAUGGAUCAGCAAGCAAGGUUUAACGAUCCUACUGAGUUGUUUGGUUACAAGCUUUAUGUUGGGCUUGAUGGUGCCGCGCCAUAA